CGUCACUCGUAAGUAGUAUAGGUAACAGCCACUCAAUAGUAAGCGAACAUAAGCGAUGAGUUGGAGGAUACAUCUACUGUUUUACUGAUCUUUAAGAAGCCGAGUGAAGCCGAGAAAUCCACGUGUACUUUGACGUAACUUUAAAAAAAUUGUUUCGUGAUUUUCACGUUGUUUUAAUCAUGGUAUUAGACUUAGAUCUUUUCCGAAAAGACAAAGGUUUCGAUCCAGAUAAAAUACGAGAAAAUCAAAAGAAUCGUUUCAAGGAAGUUAGUUUAGUAGAUACGGUGAUUGAGAAAGAUAAAAGCUGGCGGCAGCUGCGACACAAAGCUGAUAAUUUAAAUAAGUUAAAAAAUGUAUGCAGUAAAGAAAUUGGAGAAAAAAUGAAAAAGAAGGAGGCAGUGAAUGGCGAUGAUAACGUCUCAAAAGAUGUUUUUGAAAAUUUGGAAAAUUUAGUUGCUAGCGAUUUAAAAUCAUUAACAGUUCCACAAAUCAAAACUAUUCGGAGUUUUAUCGACGAUGUUAUUCGAACAAACGAUAAAAAUUUAAUCUCAACCGAGUUAGAGAGGAAUCUUGCUCUCAAAGAAAUAGGAAAUAUUUUACAUGAGUCUGUACCAAUUAGCAAUGAUGAAGAAGAGAAUAAGGUUGAGAAAACUUAUGGAGAUUGCACACAAAAGAAAAAAUAUUCUCAUGUUGACUUAAUACAUAUGAUUGAUGGUAUAGAUGGAGAACGCGGCACCAAUAUUUCUGGUGGACGUGGUUAUUUUCUGAUAGGUCCAGCAGUUUUCUUACAACAUGCACUGAUACAAUUUGCUCUUCAGCGACUGUUUACAAAAGGUUACAAACCACUUUACACACCUUUCUUUAUGCGUAAAGAUGUUAUGCAGGAAGUAGCACAGCUAUCUCAAUUUGAUGAAGAAUUAUAUAAGGUAAUUGGUAAAGGCAGUGAACAAAGUGACGAUAAAGAAAUUGAAGAGAAAUAUUUAAUAGCUACGUCGGAACAGCCGAUAGCUGCAUUUCAUAGAAACGAGUGGAUUCCUGAAAAUGCACUGCCAAUUAGAUACGCAGGAUUAUCUACAUGUUUUAGGCAAGAAGUUGGAUCUCAUGGACGUGAUACUAGAGGCAUUUUUAGAGUUCAUCAAUUUGAAAAAGUAGAGCAAUUUUGUUUGACAUCGCCGUUCGAUAAUAAAUCUUGGCAGAUGAUGGAAGAAAUGAUUUCAAAUGCAGAAGAAUUCUACAAAGCUUUGGAAAUUCCUUAUCGUAUCGUGAACAUCGUAUCAGGUGCGUUGAACAAUGCUGCUUCAAAGAAAUUAGACUUGGAAGCAUGGUUCCCAGGAUCAGGGGCUUUUCGUGAACUUGUGUCGUGCAGCAAUUGCUUAGAUUAUCAAGCCAGACGUUUAUUAGUCAGAUACGGUCAAACCAAGAAAAUGAAUGCCAGUACGGAUUAUGUUCACAUGUUAAAUGCCACAAUGUGUGCAGUCACUCGUGUUAUAUGCGCGAUCUUAGAAGUACAUCAAACCGAUACCGGUAUCAAAAUACCAGAUGUUCUUACACAAUUCAUGCCAACAGAGUAUAAAAAUGAUAUUCCGUUUGUCAAACCAGCUCCAAUCGAUGAGACAGAAAUGAAAAAACAAAAGAAACAAAAGGAUAUUAUUCCUCAUUAACAAAGUUGGAUUAUAAAAUCAACAUACAUUCUACAGCAAACGAAUCGUCAAAUGAAAUAAAUGCUUCUCAUAUUUGACAUUUAUAAUGUCAUUAUAAUAUUGUUUUUAUUGACUGUAAAAAACAUAGAUUCGUAAUUUAUUGCUUGAUCUGAUGUCACAGAUACAAUACAUGUACUUUAAUACUUUCUAUCUUCUGUUUGUACAAUUACACAUUUUAGACAUUCGAAUAUCUAAAGGUGUAUUCACGAUGGCGCAAUAAAUAAAGCUUGGAGAGAAA